UCCGCUAAUAGCAGCAUCCUGAUCCAUUGCACCGGCGGGUGGGCGACGAGCAGCAACAUGGCCGCCCGGCGGUCUCUGCCGCUCCUCGUGGCUCUGCUCUUCGCCGCAGCGUCUCUCCACACCGACGCCGCGAGCUUGGCCGAGGCGGACGUGCUCCUUAAGUUCAAGACGAUCAUCACCGAUCCCGGCGGCAAGCUCAGCAGCUGGAUUGCCGGCACGGACCCAUGCAGCGACGGCAAGGGGAACGGGAAAUGGGGCGGCGUCAUCUGCAGCGACGGCAAUUUGCACGGCCUGCAGCUGGAGAACAUGGGCCUCUCGGGCAUGCUGAAUGCCAGCGUGGGCGCCCUCAGGAAAUUGCCGGACCUCCGAACGCUUAGCUUCCGGGACAACCAAUUCUCCGGGCCGAUGCCGGACGUGAAGAAUUCAGCGGGGAUGAGAAGUAUAUUUCUGUCGAACAACAAGCUGUCGGGGGAGAUCCCGGACGACGCGUUCCAAGGGAUGGGCUCGCUCAAGAAGGUGGACCUCUCCCACAACGAGUUCUCCGGCCCCAUCCCGACGUCGCUCGCCCGUGUGCCCAAGCUCCUGCAGCUCAGGCUCGACGACAACAAUUUCUCCGGCACCAUACCCGAUCUCCGGCAGAAGGAAUUGCACCUCGUCAACGUGUCCCGCAACGAGCUGGAAGGAAAGAUUCCGGACGGCCUCAAGAACGUCAGGGACGCCUUCUUCGAUGGCAACAAAAACCUGUGCGGCGAAGCUGUCGGAAACCCUUGUGCGACGCCAACGCCGCCACAACAGCCAUCACCACCGGCACCGCUGCAGCGGGUGCCGCUCGCACCAGCACAACAGAAGGCAUCCCCGUCACCAACGCCGCCGCCCCAAGAGAACUCGAUCCCGGUACUCGCCGUUGUCACAUUAAUAGCCUUCGGCGGGACAAUAGCGAUAGUCGGAGCAAUCGUCGUCGCACUCAACCGUCGGCGAGAGGAAGUGGAGGUAUUAGGACAGCCCAUACCCUCGAGGAACUCCAACAAAUACACAUCGUUUCAGGAGGAGAAGCUCGAGAAGGAUGCGCUGGUCAAGUACGACGUCGGGAGCGCCAGUGGGAGGAAGGCCGGGAUGGCGGCGGCGGCGGGGGGGAACGAUCAGGGAAGGCUGGUGUUUGUGAGGAACGGGAGGGAGAGGUUUGAGCUGCACGACCUGCUCAAGUCCUCGGCCGAGGUGCUGGGGACGGGCAACUUCGGAUGCACCUACAGGGCCACUCUCCCGAACGGGCCAUCCAUGGUGGUGAAGAGGUUCAGGGAUAUGAACAGGACCGGCAGAGAGGAUUUUGAGGAGCACAUGAGAAGGCUGGGGAGGCUGUCCCACCCCAACCUGCUGCCAUUGGUGGCCUACUACUACAGGAAGGAGGAGAAACUCUUGGUCCACGACUACGUCCCUAACAGGAGCUUGGCUCUUAUGCUCCAUGGUAACCGAGGCCCGAACCAUCCGAUGAUGACGCUCGACUGGCCGGCACGCUUGAAGAUCGUGAAAGGGGCAGCUAGUGCUCUGGCUUACCUCCAUGAGGAGCUCCCGAUGUUAGGGGUGCCCCAUGGCCACCUGAAGUCCUCCAACGUGCUGCUAGGCGAGUCCCUGGAGCCCCUUCUCACCGACUACGCCCUCAUACCGGUGAUGAACCAAGCUCACGCUGCACAGUUCAUGGUGUCCUACAAGUCCCCCGAGCGCAAGCAAAUUGGCAGAACAUCCAAGAAGAGCGAUGUAUGGAGCCUUGGAAUGCUGAUGCUGGAGAUUCUUACAGGUAAGGUCCCCAUGCAUGACGCACAGCAAGGGAAGGAGAGCACCGAUUUGGUGAACUGGGCGAACUCGGUCGCCAAAGAAGAGUGGGCCGGCCAAGUGCUCGACAGCAAGAUGAGCAGGACCAAGGAUGCCGAGGGGCAGAUUUUGAAGCUGCUGCAGAUUGCAUUGGCUUGCUGCGAGGAGAACGUCGAAAAACGGUGGGAGUUGAAGGAAGCUGUCGACAAGAUCGAAGAGAUGACACAGGGGGAUGGGGACAACUCUUCGACCGCCGCUGAGGGGGAGGUCGAUUCAUCCAAAGCUGGGCCUGAGGAUGAUCUCUCUUCUAUUGCAAUUAAUUGAGCAUUAAAGGGAGGUUUGAGAUUACAUUGUGUUUGAGCUUUCGCGUACAAAUCCAAAAAAAAAAAAAAGUAAAAGGAAAAGAAAACGAAUGUUGGAGAUCAGGUGCUCCAAAUGUCCGGUGAUGGCCUAGCUUUAUUCUUCUGUGUCUUUGCGGAGAUCGCAAAGCGGUAGGGAUCUGUAAAAAGUCGUCGUCCUGUUUGUUUUAGGAAUCAAACACAAAUUCCCAAUGAUUUGGGCAUUUACUUAUGCUCAAUUCUCAUAUUCUCAAUCGGACCAUUGUUUCUAAUUG